CUGACUGUUAAAAAGAAUUUUUGUAGCAUGAAGUCGGAAGCUUCUACAAACUACGUCUGGAGUCGAGGGAAAUAUGAAGAUGAUGUUUAUCCUAGUCCGCCUUGGUACACUUCGUUAAUGGUAUUCGUUUCAUCUGUAAUACUGAUCACUUUGUCAAAAUUCGAUUUUGUGCCGUUACAUGACACGUUUGGAAGGGUUUACGUUGACAAUCUUUACCGUAUAGCAAGUGAUGUCGUUAAUCGACCUCUAGCUGGUGUGCCAGGCACAGUUAUGAAGCUUAGGGACCGCGUUACACAUGAUUAUGGAUGGACGUUCGAGUACACUGGAGAAGUAAGGGAUGUUAUUAACAUGGGCUCUUACAACUACCUAGGUUUUUCAAAUAAUUCGGGUCCUUGCGCUGAACUGGCUGCUGAAUAUAUCGAUAAAUAUGGAGUUGGAAUGUGUGCCUCUCGUCUUGAAUUUGGUAAUCAUAAAUGUCUAAGGGAGUUGGAACAAAGUAUCGCCAGAUUUCUGGGUACUGAGGAUGCCGUUUGUUUUCCUAUGGGAUUUGGGACAAAUUCAAUGAAUAUUCCAGCAUUUGUUGAGGAAGGCUGCUUAAUUUUGAGUGACGAGCUCAAUCAUGCGUCGUUGGCCUUAGGGAGCAAAAUGUCCGGCGCCGUCGUUAAAGUAUUUAAGCACAACAACGCAAAGGAUAUGGAGAAAAAGCUUAUAGACGCUUUUAGAGUUGGAGACCCAAAAACGGGAAAAGAGUUUCGAAAAAUAUUGAUUAUUAUUGAAGGGAUAUACAGUAUGGAAGGAACUAUUGUAAAUCUUCCUGAAUUUAUCGCAGUAAAAAAGAAGUAUAAAGCAUAUUUGUUCCUUGACGAAGCUCAUAGUGUUGGGGCUCUUGGUCCAACGGGUCGAGGAGUGGUAGAAUAUUGGGGAUGUGAUCCAAACGAUAUUGACAUAAUGAUGGGGACUCUUACGAAGAGCUUUGCGGCUGCUGGAGGGUAUAUUGCUGGUCGUAAAUCUACAAUCGAUUAUCUUCGAGUAAAAAGUCAGGGCGCUUGUUAUGGGGUUAGUAUGUCACCACCAGUGAUUGCACAGGUCACAGCAAGUUUAAGAAUAAUGUCCGGAGAGGACGGUAGCAAUGUUGGAAAGGAGAAGAUGAUUAGAUUAUUACGCAGCACAAGGUAUCUACGAAGGCGGCUGAAGCAUCUUGGUUUUUUGAUUUAUGGUCAUGAAGACUCUCCUGUUGUCCCUAUGAUGACUUUCUUCGUUACAAAAGUUGUUUGUUUUGGACGCGAGACGUUAAAGCAUAAUUUGGGUCUUGUAUCCGUCGGAUAUCCAGCUACUCCUCUGACCAAGUCUCGUGCCAGACUUUGUGUUUCAGCUGAACACACAAAAGAACAGCUUGAUCGUGUUUUGGAGGUUAUUGAUGAGGUCGGAGAUGUGACGAACACGAAAUAUGGUGUUGUUGGCCCGCCUGGAACGGUCAUUGAAUAUUAA